AUGAGCGACAACAUUGUAUUUGCACUUGCACCUACAAGUUACACCGUACUCUUCACUUUCAUCGAGCUUGACAUCGAAGACCACUUCGAUUGUCGGUAUGAUUGGGUAGGUCUUUAUGACGGUCCAAACGAUGGCUUCCCAUCACUACGUUACUUCUGUGGUCAUUUUCCCGGCGUCUCUAUGGUAUCACAUGGUCCUUAUAUGACGGUCAUCUUUUCUUCGGAUGGAUCGAAAAAUGAUCGCGGAUACAAAGCAUCUUUCGAUUUUGUCCAAGAGAACGAUGGGACUUGCAACGCCAUGUACACAACAGCGCCUGGAGAGGUAACAUCGCCCAACUAUCCAUUUGAGUACCCUGAAGCCGUAGAAUGUGUCACUCAUAUACAGGCUCCUAUGGGUCAAAUCGUAUCACUUGUAUUUUUCGACAUGGGCAUCGAGUUUAACGAUGAAUGUAUCUAUGAUUCAGUGAUCGUCUACGAUGGGGCGGGUGAUCUCGCACCCGAGAUCGGGCGUUUCUGCGGGGAAGAGGUGCCUACGGAAGAACUUAUAUCAUCGGGUCACGACAUGACAAUUGUAUUCUCCUCGGAUGGUUCAAUUACCUCGACGGGAUUCAGAGUUAUAUUUAAUUUCAGAGCUAACAGUGCCUGGUCAGAUCUGGAAGGUCUGCGUAGCGAGACACGCCCAUCACAAGUAACCAAUCAACGCGAGGAACACUUGACACAUCCUCGCCGUCCCCUCCAUGACCGCUUUGACAAUCGAGCGUCUUAA